UGUGAGCACACCUAUAAAAAAUGUGUAUUAUACAUUUAUAAAUAAAAGACGUCAAACACCUUGAACAGCUUAUCAGUAUUUGACAUGAUAAAGACAUUGUUUUCAGAAUAAAGUCUUAUAAACAAAAUGACUAUCAACAACUUGCCGCCAGAAGUAUUGGUGAAGAUUCUAUCAUUUCUAGCACCGAAAGAUUUACUUUUCGUUAUCCGCAACGUUUGUCACUUUUGGAGAGAUCUGACAUCAUCGAUUUGCCUUUGGAAUUAUGUUGAAUACACGUAUGAACCUCGCAAAGAUAAACUUAAUCGAUUUUACCGUUCUUUAGUCAAACAUAAGCUGGUCAAUUUCAUUGUUAAUCUUAAAAUAACAGAAGAACUAUUUUGGAAACUUUUGAAAUACGACAAGCAUGUCAAAUUUGCUAGCCUUAAAAGCAUUGAUAUAUCUGAAGAUCUUUUACGAUCAGGAAAAAUCUUUGCUGAAAUUUGUAAUAGAUGUCCCUGUUUGGAAAGGAUAAAGAUUUGGGCGGUUGCUGGCGUUGACGUAAAAAAAAUGUUCAAAGUUUUGUCGAAAAAGAAGUUUAUUGACUUUGACGUAGGUUACUAUAAUGAGGACAGACAACAAGAUUUUGACAAGUAUUUAUUGUCUUUCCUUGCAGCACAGCCACAUAUUCAGCAAUUGUCAUUACGUACAUUACAUUCGCACGAUGAACAUGAUUUGGCGCGCAUUAUUGAAGGGAAUCCUCCAAUAACCUCCCUUUGUCUAUCAAGUAACUACAUAUCAAGUCAUCUUUUUAAAAGACUACAUCUCAACUUGACAAAGAUAGCAAUACAUUCAAAUCUUUUUGACGACCAAGGUCUCGAAUGGCUUACAAGUACAAAACAAUUAGUAUCGAUCAAUGUUAAAGAUUGUGAAGCUAUCACUGACAAGGGCAUUUCUUUCAUCGGUCAAAAUUGUCCUUCAUUAGAAAAUUUAACUUUUGGAAAUCACAUGCAAACUAAAAUUAGUAACGAUGGCCUGUUGUCAGUUGCUCAAGGUUGUUCUAAGUUGAAAACAUUGCAUACAAGUUAUAUUUGGAAUAUUAAUGAUGACAGCGUCGUCCUCCUGGCGAAGUCUUGUAGGCUUCUGCAGAAAGUUUCUUUUGAAAAGGGUGCACAAUUUACAGAUGCAUCCUUGGUUGCCAUAGGAGACAAUUGUCCGUUACUAAAGUUUGCCCACUUCAAAGAAUGUGAUAAAUUAACAAAACACGGUGUACUUUACUUGAUUACUUCGUGUAUAUAUAUGGAAACACUAGAUUUGUCAUGUUGCCGUGGUAUAGGUAUGGAGCAAUCAAAUGUAGAUUUACAGAAAACGUCAUCAACUAUAACAAGCAGAUAUGAUUUCACAGAAAACAUUCAAAUAGAGUCAAGUGGAGCAAGCACCAAAAAGCACUCACAUUUGAAAAGGCUGAAUUUGUUCGGAUGUUUAAAUACUUCCAAUGAGACACUUCUAUACCUGGUCAAACAAUGUCCUGACCUCCGGUAUUUAAGCAGAACUGAUACGUCUGUCCACUGCAAUGAUCAAUUAAUCUCAGACCUUUUAAGAAUUUGUUCUUUGUUAGACACAACAUAUAUGUGACGAUACAAUUUUCCAUAUUGAUAUUUCGUUGUUUUUUUUAAACAACGUCGAUGUGUCUGUCCGUCCGUGGGUCUUGACCAAAACAGGAGCACACACCAAUACUACUUGAUCCUUAUUAUAUUUCAAGAAAAUAUUACCUGUAAGCAAUUCUUUGCUACGAACAAAAAUAAAAAUUAUAAGGCAA